GGGCUCUCGCGCAGCUCGGGCUGGCUGUCGCGGCUCCGAUCGACAUCAAGUUCGGGGGUUGGGGCGACCUGCUUCGGCCCAGCAUCGAGACCGUCGUUCGCCAGUGGAUCGUCUCUCGCAAGGUCUGGUUCGUGCACUUCGGGACUCCGUGCACUCCGUGGUGGUCCCUCGAGAACCCCCGGGGAUCCCGGCUCUUCUCUUGGGAGCCUCUCCAGAAGUUCCUGUCCGAGCAUAGCAAGGUCUCCGUGGUGUAUGACUGCUGUCAGUUUGGAGCCCCGUACCAGAAGCCCACCAGGAUUGAGUCUGACCUCCCCGAGCUCGGUAUCCUUGCAAGGCGUUGUCUUGGAGGUCAUGCCCACGAGCAUCUUCAGGGGAAGGUCAAGGUCCGUGAUCGCCAGGGUCGGCUCAAGCAGUUCUGGCGCACGACCCUGGCUGGCGCCUACCCUCCUGGUGUCUGCCACAGCGCCGCUCGGGCCUUGGCGCGCGCGGCGCCCGCGGGAGCCUGGCGACCUGAUGGGGAUCCACUGCUGCCCGGUCACUGGGAGGCUCAGCUCCGCCGCGCAGCCAAGAUGGGCGACGACCAGCCGACCCUCGAGUGCCCCAGCUGCCCGAGGAAGUGGGUCGCGCUCUGGCCGCCCGACGCCGAGGGCUGGGGCCGCUUCGUGCCCGCUGACUCCUCGCCGGGCUUCCUGCGGCGCUCGCAGGUGCGGCCGGCCACUCAGGCCCGCUACCUCGCCAGCGUCGUCGUGUUCGCCACGGCCAUGGGCGUUGUCGCCGACCGCUGGGUGAGCAAAGACCUCCCCCUGGUGGACACGCUCCUCGAGGAGUACUUCGAGCAGCUCUACGUCGACGGCGGCAGCAAGAGCACGGCCCGCUACACCUUGGCCGCCUUGGCCUACCGUUUCAGCGUGUCGCUUCGUGCCCCAGGCGUCUUCCCGAAGGCGAAGGGCGCCCUCGCCGGCUGGGGCAAGCUCGAGCCGGACGUCACCUCGGAGCCGCUCUGCUGGGCGGCAGCGUGCUUGAUGGCCCUGUACCUGGCCGGCCUCAACACGGAGAUUGCCCUGCAGGCCGCCCGCGGCCUGGUGGUGCAGUUUGACACGCACCUGCGCCCUGGUGAGCUGCUGGACCUCCGCGUGCCCUGCUGCAUCCUGCCGCAGCCGAGUGCCGGCUCAGGAUACAACAAGAUGGGGCUCGUCGUCGGUGCCUCCGCGCUGGUCAUGGGUGACGACGUGCACACGCGCGUCACCAAGACUGGCCUCCAGGACGACACCGUGCUCAUCGAUGGCCAGUCUCGUGCGGGUGUGGCUGGCGCACUCAUGGCCCUCGUCAAGAGCGCCAACCAAGCCCGCCAGGGGCGCCUCAUGUUCCUCCACUCGUACGCUUCGUACAACCGCUUGCUCAAGAAGGCCGCCGUCGCCGUCGGCCUCCCGACCAAGGUCACGGCCCACCUCCCUCGGCACGGCGGUCCGUCGGAGGACUACCUGAGAGGCGCCCGUUCGCUGGCCGACAUUCAGUCUCGCGGCAGGUGGUCGAGCUUCCGUUCUGUACAGCGCUAUCAGAAGAGCGGCCGUGCUCUUGCAUCCUUCAGACGCCUCUCGGCCGCUGUGAAGGCAGAGGCUAAGCGUGCUGAG